AUGAAGACGAAGAUGAAGAUGAAGAUGAAGAUGAAGACGGCGUCGACGCGCGCGACGUCGUCGUCGGACGCGUCGUCGUCGGCGGCGGCGGCGAAGGACGAGGAGGACGACUGCGUGCUCGCGACGAAGUGCGCGCGCAUGGCGAACUUCGUGUACAAGGGCGGCGGCGUCGAGUCGUGGAUGGCGGACGACGGUUUACAGACCAAGGCGAGAGGCGUCACCGGAGCGACCGGUUGGUGCGUUUGCGACGACGUCGAAAGGAACGCGCGAUUCAUCGUCGUCAGGGGCGCGGCGUGGAGCCAGCCGGAUACGGAUAGGAAUAAGUUGUCGUGGCAAAUCGCGAAGAUAUGGCCGCAAGCGUUGCGAAAGGAUCGAAAAACGCCGGUGGUGUGUCAUCAAGGGGUGUACGAGAUGGUGGAGGAGUUUUGGAGGGACCUGGUGCCCUGGUUGAGCGAUGAGACGUUCGAUGGGACGUAUUAUUUCACCGGGCACUCGCUCGGCGGGUCGAUGGGACUCGUCGUCGCCGCGAGGGCGAGAGAGUUGGGAUUGGAAGAGGCGAGAGUGGGAGGGGUGUACACGUUCGGUGCGCCGCCGGUGUUGGCGUACGAUCGAUUGGCCGGAAACGGUCCCGGUUCGUCGAUCGACGACGAGCCAGAGGUUGGCAUGGAUGAGAUUUUGCGGCUCGUCGGAUUCACGCGCGGCGCGUCCUUGGUGAAGCAGUACGUGUUGGCGAAAGACGUCAUUCCAAGGAUGUGGCUCUCUGCCGAUCCCGUGUUCGUCGCGGCGACGAAAACCGAUUUUAUAGGCGGUUUACUCGAUUGGCGCCGCGAGACGUUCGGGGAAGGGAUGUUCACAAAGAAUAGAUUCUUGUACGAAUCCAUCGGCGAUUUGUAUUGGCUCGAGUACGCCGACGGCGAGCAAGGAAAACCGACGUUGAGUCGGUACGGCGGCGACGACGUCUUGACGAAGCUUCGGAUGAAUUUAGACGACAUCACACAGUCGCCGCUCACGGCGUGGCAAACGAUCGGUGAUCACAACUCGCAAGCUUACGUCGACGCGUUGCAAUUCCUCACCAUUCGUCGCGUCAUCAACCCGUCCAAACGCUAG